AUGCAAUGUGCAACGAUGAAUCGUCGAACCCUGACGAUGAACUGGGACGAUCUGGCUGGCGACGAUGACGAUGACGACAACUUCUUCGAGUCGCGCGAGCGCAUCUCGUCGGUCGUCCCCCUCGACCUCGCCUCAUCCUCCUCCGACGACGACGAUUCGGAGGGCUUCGAGGACAGCCGAAUGUCCUUCACCUCCACCAUAUCUUCCGCCUCCAUCAAGAAAAUAAGCGACGAACAACAACAACAACAUAAACAACAACAACAACAACAUAUGUCCCCUCCGAUGGCCACGAUCAUGCUCGUCCGCUCGAGAUCGGACGGCGACAUCGACGCCUUCUCGGCACGAACCAAACAACGCAAGGAGGAUCUAAUCGGGCCCGUCUCGAAACAGAGGUUGACCCGAACCUCCUCGGGCCUCCAGAUAUCCACCAUCAGCGUCUGCCAGUACACGACCGUCGCCGACGGGCCGAGGACCAAAUCCGGAGACGCCGCCACGCAGUCGCCUCCGGCGAACAACGGUACGAUCGGGUCGUUCUUCCUUAUAAAAAACCUCGACACGGGCAAGGAGUUCAUCGUGAAGGAGUACAACGAGCAGGGGAUGUGGAACAAGCUGAGCGAGGUCGAGACGGGCAAGCAACUAACGAUUGAAGAAUUCGAGAAGUCGGUCGGGUACUCGCCCGUCGUCAAGGAGCUUAUGCGACGGGGGAAGGUCGCACGGGACGGCAGCCGCAAGCUCAACGCUAACUCCCUCCUCACGAAGAGCUUUCGGAACAGCAAACGAAAAGGGGCAGCCCUUUUAAAGAACAUAAAGGGUGUGGCCACCUCUAUGAGUGGGCUAAGCAAGGAACAUGAGCAAGAGCUGCAAGAGGAAAUGAAGGGCCCAAACUCGAAGGCCACCACGUCUCAAUGGGAGAUCCAAGCCCACGAGGGGUCGGUUUGGACCAUUAAAUUCAGCCACGACGCGCGCCACCUAGCGAGCGCGGGGGAGGACAAGUCGAUUCACGUGUGGGAGGUGCAGGAGUGCGAGGUCAUGUCAGCCAGGACAGGGGACGAGCUUGCGAGCUCAGUUGGCGGGACACCGAUUCACCCAGUGGCUUCCGACCACCGGCCGCCGCUGGCGGAGAUAACACCGAUGCCAUCUGAGAGGAAAAAGAAAGGCAAGAGCAAUAGGAAAAAGGGGAGCUCGAUACCGGAUUACGUGAAUGUGCCGGAUAUGGUUUUCGGCCUCUCCGAAAAACCGGUUUGCACUUUCAGGGGUCAUCAGGAUGAUGUCUUGGAUCUGUCGUGGUCGAAAAAUAAUCAGGUCGGCUAA